AUGUAUUCUGAUAACGGUAUCACUUUCGCGAGAGUCGACACCGAAUUAUCAAAGGCUUAUCAGAACGCAAUGCGUAAUCCCGAUUUCCAGAGCAAAAUUGCAACUGAUAAUGUUUGCUGGCAAUUCAUCCCUCCCCAUGCCUCGCAUUUCGGCGGGCUUUGGGAAGCCGGAGUUCGCAGUGUCAAGCAUCACUUGCGACGUAUUCUGGGCUCUCACACUCUAACCUACGAGGAGUUUUCUACUCUCCUCUGCCGCAUGAGGCUUGCCUCAAUCCUCGACCUCUCGGUCCACUCACCGAUACUCUGGACGACUACAACCCCCUUAUACCGGGUUUUAAUCGGUUCAUCAAUCGCGAGUGAUUACGUCAAUACUCUGCAGCAACGAACAAAAUGGAAGCAAGUGCAGCCCUCCGUGAAGAUUGGCACAAUGAUCUUAAUCCGCAACCCCUUACUUUCGCCGUGCAAGUGGGAAUUAGGCCGGAUCACGCAAUGCCAUUCCGGCUUCGACGGAUACGUUCGCGUAGUCAUUGUGCGCACCGCGCAUUCCGAGUACAAACGACCGAUAGUUAAAUUAUGCAUUUUGUCCAUCGACAUCGAAUAUCCGGCGAAUAAACCGCCUAGCGACAAUUAA